CAGGGCGCCUCGCGCGGAGUCCCGGCCCCCGGCUGCGGCCCCGCCCCUGCCGUCAGGCCCCGCCCCACGAGGGCUCUGGCUCCACCCCCUGGACUGGCUCACGCCCCCGGGGUUCGCGGGGCGCGAUGGCUUCGGAGUCGGUGAAAGUGGUGGUCCGUUGCCGGCCCAUGAACCAGCGCGAGCGCGAACUGAGCUGCCAGUCGGUGGUGACUGUGGACUGCGCGCGCGGCCAAUGCUUCAUUCAGAACCCGGGAGCGGCUGACGAGCCCCCGAAGCAGUUCACCUUCGACGGCGCCUACUACAUGGACCACUUCACCGAGCAGAUCUACAAUGAGAUCGCCUACCCGCUGGUGGAGGGUGUCACUGAGGGCUACAAUGGUACUAUUUUUGCGUACGGCCAGACAGGCAGUGGGAAGUCCUUCACCAUGCAGGGCCUGCCGGAUCCCCCCAGCCAGAGAGGCAUCAUUCCCAGAGCCUUCGAGCACGUGUUUGAGAGCGUUCAGUGUGCAGAAAAUACCAAGUUCCUGGUCCGGGCUUCCUAUCUGGAGAUCUACAAUGAAGAUGUCCGUGACCUGCUGGGCGCUGACACCAAGCAGAAGCUGGAGCUGAAGGAGCACCCUGAGAAGGGCGUGUACGUCAAGGGGCUGUCCAUGCACACCGUGCACAGCGUGGCGCAGUGCGAGCGCGUCAUGGAGACGGGCUGGAAGAACCGCGCGGUCGGCUACACCCUGAUGAAUAAGGACUCCUCCCGCUCACACUCCAUCUUCACCAUCAGCAUCGAGAUCUAUGCCGUGGAUGAGCGGGGUAAGGACCACCUCCGUGCAGGCAAACUCAACCUGGUAGACCUGGCGGGCAGUGAGCGGCAAUCCAAGACCGGGGCCACGGGGGAAAGGCUGAAGGAGGCCACCAAGAUCAACCUGUCCUUGUCAGCACUGGGCAACGUCAUCUCGGCCCUGGUGGACGGCCGUUGCAAGCAUAUCCCUUACCGGGACUCGAAACUAACGCGACUACUGCAGGACUCGCUGGGUGGCAACACCAAGACUCUGAUGGUGGCCUGCCUGUCUCCUGCCGACAACAAUUACGACGAGAGCCUCAGCACCCUGCGCUAUGCCAACCGGGCCAAGAAUAUCAAGAACAAGCCACGCAUUAACGAGGACCCCAAGGACGCCCUGCUUCGCGAGUACCAGGAGGAGAUCAAGAGGCUAAAGGCCAUCCUGGCCCAGCAGAUGGACCCUGGCCACCUAUCAGCCCUGCUGUCCACUCAGACACCCCUGAGCCCUGCCCAGCCUGAGGAGAAGAUGCUGCCCCCCACCACCGUGCAGCAGGACACUGAGGCUGAAAAGCAGCUGAUCCGGGAGGAGUAUGAGGAGCGCCUGGCCCGCCUGAAGGCUGACUACGAGGCGGAGCAAGAAUCUCGGGUCAGGCUGCAGGAGGACAUCACUGCCAUGCGUAACUCAUAUGACGUGAAGCUGUCCACGCUGGAGGAGAACCUGCGCAAGGAGAAGGAAACAGAGGCCAUUCUCAAGGCAGAAGUCCUCUAUAAGACAGAGGUCAUGUCCAGGGCCGAGUUAGCCAGUGGGUCUGAGUACUCACCAGCCUUGCGGUACGAGAUGGCUGUGAAGCCCACCAUCCUCUCCAUGCCCGACACACUGCCCGGUGAUGAGGUCACCAAGAGCCAGGCUCCCCUCACGUUUGAGGACCUGUCCCAUGUGGAGGCCUCCAGGUCAGAGAUUUCUUUUGGAUCCAAUGAGUCAUCCACCCUCGAAGACUCCUCCAUGUCGGAGGCCUUCCCUGGACCCGAGGAGCUUUCCAAUGUGGAGUUCUCCAUGCCUGGGGUGCUGGCUGAGAGCAGGUACUUCUCUGAUGAGUAUCUGGGUCCAGAAGCUGCUGCCUCUUCACUGGAGGCUGAAAACUAUGUCCAUGAGGAUGAGCCAGCGCUGGAGCCCCUGCAGGUGUUAGCAGACCUGCAAGACCCCUUUGCCGAAGUGGAAGCCAAGCUAGCUAGGCUCUCCUCUACUGUAGCCAUGACGGACCUGACCCAGACAGAUGUCCUCCAGACCCCUGAGCAGCCAUCCUUGACGGACCUGCUGGAUUCCAGUGACAUGAAGUCAGAACCUGAGGUGGUUGACAGCCUCCUCCUCAGGACUGAGCCUGAUCUAGGCCUGAAGGUGGCUGAGGAGGUGGUGGCUGAGGCAGAGACUGGCAUGUGGAUGGAGUCUGAAGCCCACAUGGCCCAGGUGGCCGAGGUGGCCCAGCCUCAGCCCUUGCUGGCCAUGGCGAGCGUGAGAAGGGAGAGCGUGGGUGUGGAAGUGGCGGUGUUGACCGAGGAGCUGCAGCCUGUGGAUCAACAGCAGGUGCUGGCCCGCUUGCAGUUGCUGGAGCAGCAGGUGGUGGGGGGUGAGCAGGCUAAGAACAAGGACCUGAAGGAGAAGCACAAGCGGCGCAAGCGGUACGCGGACGAGCGCAAGAAGCAGCUGGUGGCCGCGCUGCAGAAUUCGGACGAGGACAGCGGGGACUGGGUGCUGCUCAACGUCUACGACUCCAUCCAGGAGGAAGUGAGGGCCAAGAGCAAGCUGCUGGAGAAAAUGCAGAAGAAGCUCCGGGCCGCGGAGGUAGAAAUCAAGGAUCUGCAGUCCGAGUUCCAGCUGGAGAAGAUUGACUACCUGGCGACCAUCCGCAGGCAGGAGCGGGACUCCAUGCUCUUCCAGCAGCUCCUGGAGCAGGUGCAGCCGCUCAUUCGCAGGGACUGUAACUAUAGCAACCUGGAGAAGAUAAGGCGAGAGUCGAGCUGGGAUGAGGAUAACGGCUUCUGGAAGAUCCCGGAUCCCAUCAUCCUGAAAACCAGCCUCCCAGUAGUUCCAACCGGGCCACAGAACAAGCCAGCCCGCAAAACCUCUGCAGUGGACAACGGCGAACCGCACAUGCAGGAGGAAGACCGGUAUAAGCUGAUGCUCAGUCGAAGCGACAGUGAAAAUAUUGCUAGCAACUACUUCCGGUCCAAGCGGGCCAGCCAGAUUCUCAGUACGGACCCCAUGAAGAGUCUGACACAUCACAACUCACCCCCAGGGCUCAAUUCGCCUCUCAGCAACAACUCUGCCAUGCCGCCCACCCAGACCCCCGAGAUGCCCCAGCCCCGGCCCUUCCGCCUGGAGUCCCUCGACAUCCCCUUCGCCAAAGCCAAGCGUAAGAAAAGCAAAAGCAGCUUUGGCGGUGAGCCUCUGUGAUCCAGCUGCCUGCUGCUACCUGUCUUCUGGCUUCUAGAAACUUCCAAGUCCUCCCCAAGAAGCCUCAAAUGGGCCUCCUCUCCACAGUGUCCCCGAGCCUAUGGGGAUCUGAGCCUGGGAAGACCCAUUCCCUUCCCUGUUCCCUCGAGAACUCACUUUGGCCCAGGGCCUGAGCUCUAUGGAGGCUGGGCUACCCUUCCCCGAAGAGGCCUGCUCCAGCUGUGCAGAGCAGCAAGGCCCCACUGACUUCCUGCCGCAGAGCCUACACUGGCCGGUGUGGGUCUACCUCCAUGGGCUCAGGUGCCGCUGGGCCUUACAAGCAUCCUCAGCAUUGAGCACAGAAGCUGCCUUGUGGACGAGGAUGAAGCUCAACAUCUGGUUGACUAAGCUUCAGGCCUCUCUGAGACACAGAUGGAGACCCGGAGCCAACUACUAUGUCUGGCCUCCUAUUGGCUGGACCACAACCCAAAGAAGGUGCUUUACAAUAAGCUGCCCAAUAAACUGCCUUUUAGAAUAA